AUGCGUUUCUCUCUCGCGGGAUACUCGUUGCUGGUGGGAGGCCUUCACGCCCUGAGUGCCCACGCUAUUCCCUCCCUCUCCGCUGUGGGGUCCAAACUCUUCUACCCGAAUGGAACGCAGUUUUACAUCAAGGGUGUUGCGUAUCAGCUUACCCCCGACGACCCGCUCGUGGACACUGCUCAAUGCGAGCGCGAUAUCGCCGUCAUGAGCGAGCUGGGCGCCAACACCAUCCGUGUGUAUCAUGUUGACGCCAGCGGUGACCAUUCCGGCUGCAUGUCGGCGUUUGCGGAUGCAGGCAUCUAUCUCUGGGUUGAUCUUGACACCUUCGACACCGCCAUCGAUCAGACCAGUCCGCACUGGAAUGAGACCCAGUUCGACCGGUUCAAGGCGGUGCUGGAUGAGUUCCAGCAGUACAACAACACCGCCGGUGUGUUUGUCGGAAACGAGGUGCUCACCACCGCCGCGGGCUCUCCCGCAGCUCCCUAUGUCCUGGCUGCAGCUCGUGACAUCAAGGCCUACCGCGACAGCCAGGGCUACCGCGAGAUUCCCGUCGGCUAUUCGGCCGCCGAUAUUACAGAGCUGCGCCCCAUGCUGCAGAACUACAUGGCCUGCCGCAGCAAUGCGUCCGAGCGUCUGGAUUUCUUCUCUCUGAACGCCUACGAGUGGUGCGGUGAUUCCUCGUACACCGAGUCUGGCUAUGACAUGCUCGAGAAGAACGCUACCGGUUACCCUAUCCCCAUCUUCUUCUCCGAGACGGGCUGCAACUCCGUCUCGCCCCGCACCUUUACUGAUCAGGCCGCCAUUCUCGGCUCUGACAUGGACGGCACCUGGUCCGGCGCCAUCAUCUACGAAUGGAUCGAGGAGACCAACGACUACGGUCUGAUCAGCUAUGGGCCUUAUGUGUCCAGCGCUGCCGCGACCGCCACGAACAUCGAGGAUGGCUACACCCGAUCGGGCACCCCGACCCCUAUCAGCCCCGAUUUCACCAACCUGAUGAACCAGUGGGCUACCUUGACCCCCUCCGGUGUGGCCUUGUCGGAUUACACAAAGUCCACCUCCACCAUCACCCUGCCCUCGUGCCCGGCAUACACCUCCGGCGGCUGGGAGGUGCAUCCCAGCUCUGCCCUGCCCACCCUGGGUCAGACGUACAACUCGGACGCCGCCACCGCGACGACUGGAUCGUCCGCCUCGUCGGGAACUAACACGGCUGCGGCCGCUGCGGCCACCACAUCCAGCUCGAAGAGCAGCGCGAACGCAGUCGGUGCUAUCGGCGUGACUGGUGCCGACCGUCUGAUGAAGGUCUCGCUGGUGCUGAGCGGGCUGGUUGGUGUCUUUGCCUGGUGUCUGUAG